UAUCAUCAUCAAUCCAUCUUUUCCUCAUUUUUUCAUCAGUUUUCAAAAUAAACAUACGCAAAUAAAGGUUGCAAUCUUUAUAUUUAAUUUCGUAGAAAAUAAAGUCGUAUUUGAUGAAUUUCUUGUAAAAAUAGAGGCAAUGACAAUACAAUUGCAACGUGGUCUGCUGGCGUCGCCCUUAUGUUGAUUGAUUGUAUAUACUCAACAAAGAAGAGCAACUCGCGAAGAUAGAAACACGCAAAGGCAGGAAGCGACUUCGAAUUGUUUACUUUCGUUCAUUAUGUCGAAGCGCUGGCAUCGUGCGUCGUUCUCAGCGAUGUCUGGAAUCCCAUGGAGUAACGAGGAACACAGUCUAAAAAAUUUCGUACUUGAGCACCAACCACCACAAGUUGUCAAAGUAAAGAAAGACGGUAAAUUGUUGAAAAGCAGCGUUGAGUUGGUGCUUCACGAGACGAAAUCUCAAAAGAAAAUCGAAGGCUGUCUCGUUUCUGAUGGCGAGACCUUUGUUCUGCCUUAUGAUUGUACGGCAAAGGUAUACCAGCUGAGUAAGGCCGAGGAAUAUAGAACUUUAAAUGAACUACGUAAAGCCCUACCUACGUGUCGAUUUUUUUUGAUAACAAGCAAACCAAAAGAUGAACAAUUACAAGCAAUUGAGCGAGGGGAAGUGUUGACAAUUGUGUUUAAAAAAACCAUUAGUGGUGGAGACGUUUUUACUUGUGAAAGGAAGAAGAUUGGGGCAAAAAUCGACAUUAAAGGCAACGCUGAAGGUGGAUUCGCGCCUAUGGGAACGACGAACGAACGAAAAAUCAACGAGUUUGUUCGCUCGUAUUCUACAUUUCCUAUUGGAAUAGGAUUAACACAGUCAACAUUGACAAAUACAGCAUUUGCCUCUCUUAACGAUCUUAUUAUGAAAUCAUCAAGUGGCUUAAUCCGCCUUACUCGCCUGCUGACUGUGGAUUCUGUGAUAGCCUCGAGCUUAGGAAAGAAGGUAGUCUAUUGCAUUCCGAAUGGACUCGAUUUUAAGGUAAUACCAUCAAAAGCUUUGCUGCAAGGAAAUGCCGAACACAAAGAUUUAUGUCGUAAGUUUAACGAAGAUGUCGACAAGGAUAAAAUUUAUACACGUUUGAACACGAGUGUCACAUUCGGAAACCCCGAAACGGAACUUGUUCAGUGGGUUUAUGGACAAGAAAGUUAUUAUGAUGUUGUAGGGUCGUUUAUCCCGAGUGGAAGGUCUCAGAGAAGUAGUGUUUUGAUUCGGGGUUCUGCUCUUGAGCGUGGAACGAAUAGCAAUAGCGAGGAAAAAAAUAACGAAAAGAAAAAGAAGGUCGACGAUAAAGAAAAAGAUAAGGACUUGAAGAGUAAUAAUAAAAAAAGUAAAGACGGCAAAGAGAAGGAAAAGGUUGCAAAUAAGGAGAACAAGACGAAAGAGUUAAAAAAGGAGAAGGCUGACGGUAAAAAAUCCAAAGCUAUUGAGAAAGCAAGCAAGAACGAUGAAAGUUUGCCUCAACCAUUAGAAGAUGAUAGCGGUUAUCUUGUUCCAGCGGAGUUGCUGCGCGCGGAAAAACAAGAUGCUAAGGUAGAGAAGGCGGAGAAGGUUGACAAAAAUGAAAAGGUUGACAAGAAUAGCAAGACUGACAAAAAUGAAAAGGUUGACAAGACUAGCAAGACUGACAAGAAUGAAAAGGUUGACAAGACUAGCAAGACUGACAAGAACGAAAAGGUUGACAAGACUAGCAAGACUGAAAAAACUACCAAGUUAGACAAGACAGACAAAAACCGUGAAAACGGAGAACGUGGUUCAAUUGGACUCACUCUGGGUCGGUUUAUCGGCUUAAAGAAAGGAAAACACGACAAAAAGAAAGGCGAAAGGCCAGUGAUAGAAGUCCUUCAUAGUUAUCUUGAGGAGCCGCAAACAAGAAGCUCAACAAUGCAGGAAAGUACAAAAUUAGAAAAACCUCAAGACUCGAAGAAUACAGGAAAUGGCGUCAGCGCUAGUCAGUUGAAUGAAGAAUCGGAUAAAACCGAUGGUCAACCAUCAAACGUAAAAGAAGAAAAAAAGGGAAAAAGUACGUUAGGCAAAAAGGGCGGGAAAAAAAUGCGUGAUUUCUUUUCAAAGAAUCAACCAAUGGAUGACAAACCUUCCAAAUCGUCAUCACAUACGUCAUCGACAUUGCCUCCGUCACCUAGCAACAAAGAUAUUACUGACGAACCAGAUAUGUAUGUCAUACCUGUAGAUGAUGAGAAAGAGUCAUCUUCACCGACGUCGCUUUGUGACCGAGAGUUGCCCGAACUUCCACCGACGGAGCCACGACACAAUGGCAGUGUCUCAGACGAAGCAACCUUUAAUGGCGACGACAAUCUUUACGACGAGAUUGCGCCCGUUGAAAAGAAAACGUUUAAGAUACCGAAAGAUCUUUCAAAGCUUAGCACUAACGAAAUUUCCCAGGUUUUAAGAGCAGUGAACAUGACGGAGCACAUAUCGAAGUUUAGAAAGGAACAAAUAGACGGGGAAAUCUUUAAAGCGUUAGAUGAGAAAACUUUAGGAGCUCUCGGUGUUGUCGACCCGUUGCAACGACUUAAGAUUAAGAAAUUAUUGAAAGGUUGGCGACCGAAAAGCUGAGGAUGUUUUUUUCAAUGAAAUGCUGUCUCGUUGUGUAUUAUUUAUUCACGAUAUGAUUGACAUUCUCGUGAAUGUUGAAAUUGAGUUUUAAGCUGUUGCGAAACUAAUUGUUUUUUGCAGUUUUGUGCAAUGAAUUAAUCAGCGCGUAAAACAAAAAUUACAAAAUCUGCAAUUUUUUAAUUUUUACUAGUUUUAAUCUUUUAACAAAUGUAUAUAUACUUAAGACACUCGGUCAAGAUGAUUGUAGCAAGCCCCAUUUCUCAAUAAAGAAUACAAUUUCCGAAGAACAA